AGUAACACCGCAACGCACGCACGCACACUCAUUGCCCGGUGACGAGCAAGAGGACGGUACACACGCCGCGAUAGCGAGAGAGAGUGCACCGAUCGUCUUCUGCCUUUUCCUAUCUUCACCACACCGUCUUCUCUCGCCGGCGAACCCCUUUCCUCUCUCCACUUCUUCGCUCCUACCUCGCAAAUAACCCCGCCGCCGCCGCCAUGGAGACGGCCGAGGCUCCGCCGACCAACGGCGCUGUCCAGUCACCCGUACAGUUGCGCGAGCACGAACUGAAGGACUAUGCCUUGCCGACGAGCAGGUUGACCAUGAAGCUGGGGGAGAAGGACAGGGGCCGGACGCCGCUGGUGCUGUGCGCGUGCGGCAGCUUUUCGCCCAUCACAUAUUUGCAUCUGAGGAUGUUCGAGAUGGCCAAGGACUGGGCAAGGUUGAACACUAACUACGUCGUCGUGGGCGGAUACUUAUCGCCCGUCGGUGACGCGUACAAGAAGAAGGGCCUCGCCCCCGCUGAAGACCGGAUAAAGAUGUGUGAGCUGGCAGUCGGGAUGGGCCAGGAACAAGGCUCCGCCUUCAUAAUGGUGGACACUUGGGAGCCGCUGCAGUCGGAGUAUCAACCGACUGCCAAAGUGCUGGACCAUUUCCGUUACGAAAUCAACGAGCGGCUGGGCGGAAUAGACGACGGCACAGGCAAUAAGAUUCCCGCAAAGAUUGCGUUGCUCGGCGGCGCCGAUCUGGUGGAAACGUUUGUGUCACCAGGCGUGUGGGCAGAGGCCGAUCUGGAUCACAUCCUUUGCGAUUUCGGAGCAUUCGUCAUCGAGAGAGCGGGCACUGAUCUCGACGACGUGCUUUCAAAGCUGAAGCCGAAGUGGAGGGACAACAUCAAGGUCAUACACCAGCAAAUACGCAACGACGUCAGCAGCACCAAGAUACGCACGUUUUUGAGAAAGGAUAUGAGCAUACGUUUUUUGGUUCCUGAUCCAGUGAUCAAAUACAUCGAAAAGAAGCAGCUUUACAUAAAUGGAGAGGGAAUUGAACAAACAUGAUCUGACUGUUCACCAUCCAUUUCCAGUCUUAUAUCGUCGAUGCCAUCAGCCGCUACAAAUACCACGGCACACCGGGAGGUUCGGAACACUUUUGGCAGGACACCCGAGCAGUGAUUGCGUUACUGCCACAAAACACUCCUUGGUGGCUCUGCAUUGUGAUAAUGGGUCAUGCGUGAUGCUUUUUCGUCUUUGUCGUUAAUAUAUAUACCACUCUAGAAGGUGUGCUUGCCGUUGGGAAUGGGCAACGGCGUGGCCUGUCUUAUUCAGAGGAAUUUUGGCUUCAGUUCCUCUCGAGCUUUUAAGCACGUAUCACAAUCAUCGUCGUCACACUAUCAAUCGGGCGGAUAGCAUGUGCAUAGAGACUUUCUGCGAGCUAAGCUCCUCUUGUUCUUGCAAGCUUCGAUCGGUUGGAAAGCGUGAAGCUUGAAAAAUGAGCGGUUUACUAGUGUCGACCACGUUCGCUCCCACAUCACUGUGUUUCCCACAUAUCCUGCGUAUCCUCA